UCACAAUCACUACAUGUAGAAUUUUUUGAAAAAGUAAUUUGUCAUAUUAUACACGUUUCACCUAAUAAACGGUAAGCGAUACAAAAUAACGAAAAAUCAAAAGUUGGUUAUCACUUUCGGAAAAAUAUUUUCACACUGUUCACUGAACGCGGUCUCUUGUCAAACUGGCAAGCAGGCUUCGUGUAAAGAACGAUUAUUGAUUGGAUACAAUUAUUGAUUGGACACGAGCGUUCGCUCUUCUUAGGACAAUGCCAUCGACACGUCGCUUCACAAAACAUUGUUAAAAGCUGGCGCAAGCGUAUUUAUGCAUGUCUCUAGUUAAGCUACAGCUAUAAGCAAAACUUAAGAUGAUCAUUGCAGUAACGUAUCGGUCGUCUUUGUGAAACGAUCAUGAGCGAUCCGAAACACAUAACAGAUAACGAAAACCUCAAUGACUACGGUAUACAAUUAAAUCGAUGGUUUCUCAUAUCGCUAGGUGCUUGGCCACAAAUAAGCGCGUCGAACAGAAUGAAAAAACUCGCGGUGUUAAUGCAAAUCUUCAUUCUUUGGGCUGCGAUGGCGGUCCCUCUGAUACCAUGCAUGUUGUACAUGUUAUUCGAGAAAAAAGACAUUAAGACUAAAUUACACUCCCUCACUCCGCUGAUUCACGGAAUCAUGGGAGCUGUAAAUUACUGGAUGUUACUCACGCGUAACAAAGACAUUCAACAUUGCAUACGGCAUAUGGAAACGGAUUGGAGACGGAUUCGGAGAAACGAUAACCGCGAAGUGAUGUUCCAAUAUGCCAAGAUCGGCCGCUUCAUGACCGCGUUCUGCGCGACGUUUAUGCACAGUAGUACGUACUUCUUUGGCGUGGCCAGGAUGAUGAAAACAACAACCGUUAUCAUCGGCAACAAAACCAUUACAAUGCAUCCGAUGGCAUGUUCAGUGUACAGCAAGAUACUUGACGUGAGAUUUAGCCCUGCGAACGAGAUCAUGCUGGGUGUGCAAUUCUUGUUGGCGUUUGUAAUAGUUUCCUCUACAGCAACUGUCUGCACUCUCGCUGCCGUUUUCGCAACACAUGCUUGUGGUUAACUGAAUGUAAUGCAUACGUGGUUAAACGAGCUUGCCGAGGAGAAGAAAAAUCACUUAGCAGAACAAAAACUUGCAGUUGUCGUAAAACAUCACAGGAGAGUCCUCAGUUUUGUAGAACAAAUAGAGAGUAUUAUGAAUAAAGCCUGUCUAGUAGAAGUGAUGGGAUGCACGAUGAAAAUGUGUUUCCUUGGAUAUUCCAUUGUUGUGGUAUGCUAAAGAUGAAUAAAACAUCUUCUCGUAUCGUAACUGAGAUGCCGCAAAAACAGAUUAAUCUUAUUUUUCCACAGUAAGUAAAGCUAUCAAAUGAUUUUCCAGAACUGGGGUACGCUUAAUAGAGCAAAAAUAUUAUCAUAUUUUAUCGGGUACAUGUCGACGGGUUUCAAUAUAUUUAUAUUUUGUUAUAUUGGAGAGAUCCUCACG